AUGACGCAGCAAGAGAGAUGGGUUGUUGCCAAUGCUAUGAUAUCGGCAGUCUUCUUUGCUCUAUCAAUGGCGACCUUAACAGAGUCGACCCGCCAAGCCGAUAAGAUCACGACCCUACCGGGCCAGCCGGCGGUCCGGUUCAACCAAUACUCGGGUUACGUCACAGUCGACAAGAUGCAGGGGAGGGCUCUGUUUUACUACUUUGUCGAAGCGGAGACCGAGCCGGGCUCCAAGCCUCUCGUUCUCUGGUUGAAUGGAGGGCCUGGGUGUUCUUCAGUGGGAGCUGGAGCUUUCUGCGAGCACGGUCCGUUUAAACCCAGUGGAGAUGUUCUGCUACAAAACAAUUACAGCUGGAACAAAGAGGCAAAUAUGCUCUACUUGGAAUCCCCAGCGGGCGUUGGGUUCUCUUACUCAGCCAAUGCAUCUUUCUACGACUCUGUAAAUGAUAAAAUCACAGCUGAGGACAAUCUGGGUUUUUUGAAGGGAUGGUUGGCCAAGUUCCCAGAAUACAGGGGACGAGAUUUCUUCAUAACUGGAGAGAGUUAUGCUGGUCACUACGUUCCGCAGCUCGCCCAACUGAUUGUGAAAUCCAAGCCACCCAUCAAUCUCAAAGGAAUUGCAAUUGGGAACCCUCUGCUGGACUUCAACACUGACUUCAAUUCAAGAGCAGAGUACUUGUGGUCUCAUGGAUUAAUCUCGGAUGCAACCUUGGACAUCUUCAACACAGUCUGCAACUACUCCCAGAUAAGAAGACAACUGCAGAGAGGGUUUCUCACGCCAGAGUGUUUCCGGGUCAACAGCCAUGCCUCCCUCGAAAUCGGCAAGUUCGUGGACGCCUACGAUGUCACUCUCGACGUCUGCUUGUCUUCCAUCCAGUCCCAAUCCCAUGUCCUCGAGCGGGCUACUGCUGCAGGAGUAGGGGAAAUUGAUGUGUGCGUGGAGGACGAGACGAUUAGGUAUCUGAACAGGAAAGAUGUGCAGAAGGCUUUCCAUGGGAGGCUUGUUGGAGUCCGGACGUGGAGCACCUGCAGCGAUGUGGUGAGAUAUGAAAUGGACAACUUGGAGGUACCAACGACUCCUAUUCUUGGCCAGCUUCUCAAGUCUGGCCUCAAGGUUCUGGUUUACAGUGGAGAUCAAGAUUCAGUGAUCCCAUUGAUAGGGACAAGGAAGCUUGUGAAUGGACUGGCCAAGGAAAUGGGCCUCAACACCACAGUGCCUUACAGCUCCUGGUUUCAGGGCAGACAGGUUGGAGGGUGGACGCAAGUGUACGGCGACGCGUUGAGCUUCGCAACCAUUAGAGGAGCAUCCCACGAAGCUCCAUUUUCGCAACCAGAGAGAUCGCUGGAGCUGUUCAGGGCGUUUCUGGGUGGAACUCCUUUGCCAGCCCACAGUACCGUUGCUUAUUGA